CGACGCUGACGCGUCAGAUCGCUCGAAACCCUCGUGGGGUGCGUACGACACGAAACUCUGCCGCGCCUCUCUCGAACAUCAUCGCCCCCUCGCUCUUAGUUUUCCGUUCAGUUUGAUCGCAGCCCUCGUCGGAGGCUCCUCGCGUUGCGUUCUCUUCCUUCCUUCCUACCUACCUUCGCUCCAGUUAUCUUCUCUCUUCGCGACCGGUCAACCAAACCACAUCCACAUAAAUGGUGCAAGUACUCGAGGCGGUCAGGUCGAUCCCUUUCGACUUGCCGAUUGUUAUGAACCGCCCCAUCCAAGUGAAACCAGCGGACAGUGAAAACCGCGGAGAUCGAAAGCUGUUCGUGGGAAUGCUCAGUAAGCAACAGACUGAAGAGGAUGUUCGUCAAUUGUUCACUCCGUUCGGCGCAAUAGAGGAGUGCACGAUCCUGCGAGGACCAGACGGAACCAGUAAAGGUUGUGCUUUUGUGAAAUUCAGCUCGCACCAGGAAGCACAGGCGGCGAUUAAUAGCUUGCACGGGAGCCAAACUAUGCCGGGAGCGUCCUCCAGCUUAGUGGUGAAGUUCGCAGACACUGAAAAGGAACGGCAACUGAGACGUAUGCAGCAGAUGGCCGGAAACAUGAGUCUUCUCAACCCCUUCGUGUUCAACCAGUUCGGAGCUUAUGGGGCUUACGCACAGCAACAGGCAGCUAUAAUGGCUGCGACUGCCCAGGGCACCUACAUUAAUCCGAUGGCGGCGCUCGCGACGCAGAUUCCCCACGCCACCCUCAACGGCAUGGCCAACUCGGUCGUACCUCCGACAUCUGGUAAUUACGACCAACUGCUUCUCUGCUUAAUUAAAACAUCGACACUAAUCGCUCCUCUCCUCUCCUCCUAUACCCACGCACGCAACCCGAAUCUAAUCCCAAAUCCGUUAAAUCCAUUAAACGAUCCGCCAGUUCGGAAACCCCACGACCAUCAUCAAUACCUACAUCUAUAA